AUGGAAGGUGUUAAUCCCAUGGAAGGGGGUUCUGACUUUAAACUCUAUAGCGGGGAUGACUCUCUGAAUCAGUCUCAGCCCGGCAAUAACAUCUUCGAGGAUGACGCUGUUUUCAUGGUCAACAUGUUUCUGGGAGGAGGAGGCGGUAUGGAUGGAGAGACUGGAGCGGGUGCUGAGGCUGCUGGUUUGGAUGCUGGGAUGUUUGGUUUGGCCGAGCCUCUCCUUCCAGGGUUUUCAGGGUUGGAACCAAUGGAAGGGGUCACGUUCAGGUUGGACGGGCAGGGGGUUAUGGAUCCAGGAACGAACCAGGUUCCUUCGUUUGACUCUCAUGGUAGUGGCCAACUACAGUUUUCAGCAUUUGAUGAGAAACCGAUACAUUCUAUAACGGGAGCCGGCGAGACAUGGGAACAGAAUGUAGGUUUAAGGGGUCACGUGGAACGGAGGGAAGGUGGAAGGGAUGCGAUGGAGGAGACACGGCAGCAUUAUGGGCAGCAGGAGCGAGAGCAAGAAGAACGGGAGCAACAAAGGAAGCUGGAACAGGAGAGGGAGUUGGAGAAGCAGAGGGAGUUGGAGAAGCAGAGGGAGUUGGAGAAACAGAAGCAGCAGAGGAAGUUGGAGCAGCAGAGGGAGCUGGAGAAACAGAGGCAACUGGAGCGUGAGAAACAGGAGAAGCAGAGGAAGUUGGAUGAGCAGAGGGAGCUUGAGAAACAGAGGCAGCGGGAGUUAGAGAAACAGUGGCUGGAGAAACAGGAGCAGCAGAGGGAGCUAGAGAGACAAAGGCUGAAGGAUUUGGAGACACAGCGGCAAUUGGAACUGGAGAAAAGGGAGCUGCAGAGGAAGCUGGAGCAGCAGAGGGAGCUGGAGCGGCAGAGGGUAUUGGUGGAAGAGAGGCAGAAGGAGUUGGAGAAACAGAUGCAGUUGGAGUUGGAGAAACAGAGGCAGUUGGAGUUGGAGAAACAGGAGCAGCAAAGGAAGCUGGAGCAGCAGAGGGAGAUGGAGCAGCAGAGGGUGUUGGAGGAACAGCGGCAGAGGGAGUUGGAGAAACAGCGGCAGAGGGAGUUGGAGAAACAAGAGCAGCAGAGGAAGCUGGAGCAGCAAAGGGUGUUGGAGGAACAGAGGCAAAGGGAGUUGGAGAAACAGCGGCAAUUGGAGAUUGAGAAACAAGAGCAGCAGGGGAAACUGGAGCAGCAGCGAGUGUUGGAGGAACAGAGGCGAAGGGAGUUGGAAAAACAGGAGCAGGAGAGGAAGCUGGAGCAGCAGAAGGAGCUGGAGAAGCGGAGGCAGAGGGAGUUAGAGAAACAACGGCAAAUGGAGCUGGAGAAACAGGAACAGAUGAGAAAGCUGGAGCAGCAGAGGGAGCUAGAGAAACAGAGGCAGAGGGAGUUGGAGAGACAGCAGCAACUGGAGAUGGAGAAACAGGAGCAAGAGAGGAAGCUGGAGCAGCAAAUGCAGUUGGAGAAACAGAGGCUGCGGGAGUUGGAGCAGCAGAGGGAGCUAGAGAAACAAAGGCAGAGGGAGUUGGAGAGACAGCAGCGAUUGGAGCUGGAGAUACAGGAGCAGGAGAGGAAGCUGGAGCAGCAAAAGCAGUUGGAGGAACAGAGGCAGAGGGAGAUGGAGCAAGAGAGAGAGCUAGAGAAACAAAGGCAGAAGGAGUUGGAGAAACAGCAGCAUUUGGAACUGGAAAAACAGGAACAGCAGCGAAAGCAGGAGCAACAGAGGGAGCUUGAGAAACAGGAGGAGCAGAGGGAUUCAGAAAAUCAAAGUAAAGAGGUGGUUGAGGUGAGAGCGGAAGAGGGGUUUGAUAAAGCGGUGAGAAAAGAGAAAGCUACUGACUUGGGAAGGGAGGAGUAUGGUGGGGAUGAGGAGGAGUGGCCUGGCGAGAGCAGUGAGCAUGGGGAGGGUAAGGCGAAGAUGAAGCUUCUGACUGCUCUUGACAAGGAACAACCGGUGCCACUGUCUCGGCAGGAAGAAACGGAGGAAGCAAACGCGAAGGGAGCUGGGAAGGGGUUUACGGAUGAGGAGAAGAAGGUUGGGGUUACGUCUGACACACUGCAACGUGCAGAGGAGGAGGAACAGGUGGAAGAGGAGGAGGAAGAGGGGGAGGAUGAUAUAGAGGACUGGGUGUGUGGAACGGAAAAUAGGUAUCGGGGAUUGAGUGCAGAUGAGAAGAAGUGGGAGCAGCAGCAGGGGAGGGGUGGCGAGAGUGGGGCAAGGAGGGGCAAGAGAGAGGCGGUGCGGGGCGAGGAAGGAGAGGGGAGGAGGAAGAAGCCUAAGAGAAGAAAGCCGGCGGAUUGGUUGCCAACGCAGAUAGUGACAGGUGGGGAGCAGGAGGGGGGAAAGGUAGAUGAGGGUGGUAGUGACGCCCGUCAGCCUAGCAACGUGGAACUGGGAGAACCGUCUCUUGGUGGGGUGCGUGGAGCACACCAGGUGGAAGAGCGUCCAGAAGCUGCCAUUGAAGCCGCCCUGAGGGAUGAAGGACACGAGAUGCACAAGCAGGCAGAAGAGGUUGGGGAGAAUGCUGCUGGGGCGUUCAAGGAGUCAGUUGCUGAGGAGCACAAGGAGAGGCAGGUGGGAGGGUUUUCAGAUUCUGCUUUUGCGGCUCCUCGGAAGGAGCAGGGGGACGCGGUAGAGGAGUGUGCCGCUGAGAAGCACGAAGAAUCACUUGCUGAGGAGCAUAAGGAGGGGCGGAUGGAAGCAGCAGAGGUGUGUGAUUUGGAUGCGAUCCAAACUUGUAAGGUGAGGGAAGAAGCAGAGGUGACGGUGGAAGAGCAACCAGGGGAAGAGGAGAAGGGACGAGGAGAGAAGGAGGUGGAGGGGAAGGCGGAGUUGGAUGCGUCUGGGGAAGAGAAGAACGCUUUUCCUCUAAUGCUGCAGCAGGAGGAGGGGCAGCAGGAGCAGGAAGAGCAGGAGGAGCAGGAGGAGCAGGAGGAACAACAACAGCAGCAACAGCGGGAGGAGAAUAAGGAGGAGAAACUGCAGCAGAAGCAGGAACAGGAGCGAGAGCAGGAGGAACAUCAACAGCAGCCAGUAAUGGCGAAGCAGCAGCCACAGCACGAGCAGCAGCAGCAGCAGCAACAGCAGCAGGGACAGGGUCAAGAGGAACAGCAGCAGCAGCAGCAGCAGCAGCAGCAGCAGCAGCAGCAGCAGCAGCAGCAGCAGCAGCAGCAGCAGCAGCAGCAGCAGCACCAGCAGCAGGAGCACCAGGAGAGCGAGAAAUGUGGGGAGGCAAAGGAGCGAGAGCAGGUGAGGCAAGACAAAGAGCAGGAGCAGAGGACACAAAAAGUCGGGGAGGAGGGGGAGAUGGAAAUUCAUGGCACACCUGCUGCUGCUGCUGCUGCUGCUGCACAGGCAGUCGGUGCUUCUGCAGCACAGUGUGCAUUAGCAGUGGACAAGAAGCGGAAGCACAGUGAAGCGUUUGUGGCGGCUGAUGAAGAAGCUGCUGCUGUUGACAAGUCCUGUGUUGCUCCUCAACUGUCUGCUGCUGUUUAUCCAUGUGCUCCCCCUGAAGCCUCUGCUGCCCCUGAAGCCUCUGCUGCCCCUGAAGCCUCUGCUGCCCCUGAAGCCUCUGCUGCCCCUGAAGCCUCUGCUGCCCCUGAGCCAUCUGCUGCCCCUGAGCCAUCUGCUGUUCUUGAGAUGCCAUGUGGUGCCGGUGAUCCAUCUGUUGUUCGUGAUGCAUCUUCUCCUUUCGAACCAUCUGCUGCCCCUGAGGCAUCUGCUCCUGAGCCAUGGGCUGAGGACGAGGGAACUGAGGGAAGGGAGAAGGAGAGUGAAAGGGAGGUUGGAGGGAUGGAGAUGAAAGAAUCUGCAGCAGCAGCAGAAGCACAAGCUCCCCCAGUAGCGGUGAGCACAGUCAAGCCGCCCUCAGCACAGCCUUCACCAGUACUACCUCCCCCUCUGGACGGACCUGCCGGUUUGUCUCUUGUGCUGGCCCUGUCUGCUCUGGAUGUGGUUCUGGGGAAGGGGCGUUCGGGGGGGGCGAGAGAACAGGCGGAGAAAGCCGGGAGGGGCAUUCAGAAGGAAGGGAUUGAAGACGAGGAGGAGGGGGGUGAGGCAGAAAAGGAGGCAGAAAAGGCAGAGGAGGAGGCUGUUAGUGACGUGGCUGAAAGGGGUGGGAUGGCCACUGCUAAACUGCCAGGAAACCACAUGGCUGACGCUGAAAUGGCUGUUGGAGUUGCAGCGUCUGUGGAUUCUGCAAGGGAUACUGCGGACGAGACCGAGGAAGGAGGGAAAGGCAGCGGUGGUGAGGAGCGAGGGAAGGAGGAAGGGGAUGUGGAAGCAGUUGUGGUUAGGGAUGGGAGUGAGGGGUGUGUUGAGGGGGGUGGCGAGGAGGAGGGUCCUAAGGAUGCAGCAGGGUUGGAAGAGGUUCAAGAGGAGGGGGUGAAAGAGGAGGGGGUGGAAGAGGUGCCAGAGGAAGGGGUGGAAGAGAAAAAGGCGAAAGAUGAGGAGGUGAAAGAGAAGGAGGUGGAGGAGGAGGAGGAGGUGGAGGAGGAGAAAAAGGAGGGAGAUAAGGCAGGAGUGGACGAAGGGAGAGUUGUCAGUGAGGGCAUGGCUGGGGAGAGACUGGGUAGUGCAAAGGUGAAUUGUGAGGUGGAUAGUGAGGUGGAUAGUGAGGUGGAUAGGACGGUGGAUAUGACGGUGGAUAGUGAGGUGGAUAUGACGGUGGGCGGACAGGUGGGUGGAGAUGCGGUAGAGGAAGAGGCAGGUUUAGAGGAGACUGGUGAGGAAGCGGAUGUUGUGGGAGUGGGAGCAGACGGAGUGGGAGCAGGGGUGGAGGAGGAGGUUGGGUUGCAAGAUGCAAGAAGAGAGGCAGUGGAAGUGGCAGGACUGGGAGAGGAAGGAACGGCACAAGGGGCAGGUGAGGAAGCAGAUGUGGUGGAAGUAAAGACAGAGGGGCCAGAAUCUGGGGUGCAGGAACGUGGGCUGUGGGAAUCGAGAAGAGAAGCAGAACCAUCAGGAGAGCCAUCAGCAGGUUCAGGUGAAGAAGAAGCAGCGGGAGGGACAGGCGAAGGGGAAGCAGUGGGAGGGGCGGGUGAAGGAGACGCAGCGGAAGGGGCAAGUGAAAGAGAUGCAGCAGGAGAGGCAGAUGAGGAAGCCGACGUGGUGGAGGUGCGUUUGGAUCGAAGAGAGGCUAGAGAGGCGCAAGGUGGGGAGGUGGCCUUGACUGAAGCAGUGAUAGAGGAACAAGGGGAGGAAUCGGGAGAGGCAGAGGUGCAGGAAGUGGGGCUGGAGUGUACAGAGGCAAUGAGAGGAGCAGCUGAGUCGAGCGAAGAGAGAGGCGGGGAUGCUGAUGUGGUGGAAGAGAGAGGCGGGGAUGCUGAUGUGGUGGAAGAGAGAGGCGGGGAUGCUGAUGUGGUGGAAGUGCGUGAAGAGACUGAGAGAGAUGAGGGGAUGGAAUCACAAGAAGCAGAUGGGCAGAAGGUGGAAGCAGAGUCAACAGAAGCAGAAGCUGCAGCAGCAGCAGGAGAGGCAAUAGCAGAGGCAGCAGAAAGGGCAGAAAGAGCAGGCGAUGGGGGUGGGGCAGUAGCAGAGAGAGUGGGGAAGAGGAGGAUAAUUCGGCCCUUGAUGAGGCGAGUACAGUCGGUCACAGACGCUGCUGCUACAGCAGUGCAGGCAGGGCCUAAGGGUGUGGCUGCUGCUGCUAGGGAUAUGCACAUGGCCCCACAGGCUGUGGGUGCUGCUGAAUCUCAAUUUGAUGGGGGUGAUGGUUCUUUGGAUCGUGGUGCUCGUGAUUUGUCCAGUGAUGGUGGGCACAUGGCAAGAGAUUCUUCUCCUCCUCGUCAUGGUCAUAAAUCGCAUGCUUCGACCGAUGAUAUGGAUGGUGAUGGUGACGGUGGUGCUGGUGAGGAUAGGCGUGAUGCUUCAGCGGCUGCUGCAUCCUGCCAUGCUCCAGCUGAUUCCGGUUCAACAGAAACGCAUGGUGUUGGUGGUGGUGUUGGUAGUGAAGCAGCUACUGAGACCGAUACCCCAGUAGCUCUGUCUCCUUCAACAUCCCUCUCCCCCCCUCCUUCCCCAACGCCAUCAACAUCACCACCGCUGACGGCGAGGAAUCGGCCAAAGGAGUUUCGGAAGGCGGUGGAGGAAGCGGUGUUGGAGAGUGAAGGGAUGGUGGGGUAUGAGGAGAUGGAGGGAGGCGGGGGAGGGGAAGGAGAAGAGGGAGGGGGAGAGGAAGGAGGUGGAGGAGUGAUGGGGGAUGGUGAGGAGGAGGGGUGGGACGGGCAGGAAGGGAAUAAGCUUGGCACAAGUGCGGCCGCUGCCACCACUGCUGGUGAUGGUGGUGGUGGUGCUGCUGCUGCUCCUGGUUUUCGGAAAGGAGGUGGGCGGUUGGGUGGGCUUUUGGGGGCAACGAAGGGAGGGGCAACAGCAGCGAAACUAGCAGGUUCAGCAGGAGGAGCGGGAGAGGGCAUGAUGUGUGUGGGAUGCCGGAUCAUGCCCGGUGUGAUUGGUCGCCCCACUCGCACACUGGAUGAUCUCUUUUCGCCAGGAGGGGUUGGCGGAGGGAAAGGGAGAAAGAAGGGGGAGGGCAGCGGAGGGUACUCUUCUGGGGGGGAGAGUGACUGGGAUGAGGGGGUUGGGAAGAAGCGGAGGAGGGGGAGGGGCGGUAGUGGGGGCAGUAGCAGGAAAAAGCUGGUGGUAGGGAGUGGGCAGGAUGGGGAGGGCUGGGAGGAGGAGUCGAAGGGGGAAGAAAAGGGUGCCACGCUAGAAGAACGAGCAGCAGGCAGCAGCUAUGCCCACAGGCUAGUAGACGAACUACUGGACUCCGUCCCCCUCUGCAUACAGUGCCGCAAGCUGUUCCAGUCGCUGCAGUUCUGCCCUCUCUGCCUUCUCGUGUGGCUGCCCAACGAGAAGGGAGAUUUCGCCCACUGUGAUUGUUGCCAGCUGUGGGUCCAUGCGGAGUGCGACGGGAUCUCUAGGCAGCGGUUGAGUGCGAUUAAGAACGAUGCGGUGUAUCUGUGCCCGAAUUGCCGGCAGACCAAGGCUGUGGAGGAGCGGGAGAAGAGGGAGAGGAGGGAGAGGAGGGGGAGGGAGAAGGAGGAGAGGCAACAGAGGGAGGAGAGGGAGAGGAAGGAGCGGGAUGAGAGGGAGAAGAGGGCUAAGGAGGCUGCUCAGGCUGCUGCUUCUGCCGCUGCUGCUUGGUUGAAGGAGGAGGGGAGAGAUGCAGAGAGGGAGACAGCGGGACGGUCUGGGAUGGAGGUGAUUACAGGGAUGGGGAGGGGGUUCAGCCUGGGUGGUGCGCGCUUGCGGAUCGACGAGGUGAAACGGGAGGGCCUGCAUGUUUGUCGCCUCGACAGGGAUGGGAGUGGGGAUCGUGAUCGGGAUGGGGAUGGGGAUGGGGAUGGGGAUGGGGAUGGGGAUGGGGAUGGGGAUGGGGAUGAGGAGGAUCAGGAUUGGGAUGAGGGUGAGGGAGGGGGUAGGGUUGGGUCGGAUGAUGGUGGUAGGCAGGGGCGGAAAGGAGGAGGUGGUAGAGGUAGAGUGAAGGAAGAAUGGGAUGAAGAGGCAGUGGAGAUGAAGGGAGACGCGGAUGGGAAUGGAUACUUGGCCACUAAGGACGCUUCUCACAGAGCUGAUUCCCCACAGUCUGAUUCACCUGAGGAUUCACCUGAAGAUUCACCUGAAGAUUCACCUGAAGAUUCACCUCACACUCCAUCAUCCUCCCCUGAGGCAGAAGCGGAAGGGGACAACAAGAUAGCAGCGGCGCCACCCAUACCUGUUUGCCACCCACCAGUGCCCGUCACGUGUGCUUCGUACAAGGGCGUAUAUCUCCCUUCGCUUCACCUCGUGCACUGCUGCUGCCGCUCCUGCCGCCCCAAGGCCAUGGGGGGCAGCAGCAAGAGCAGCGCCGCUAGCACUGCUGCUGCUGCUGCUGCGGCUGGUGGGGGGGAGGUUGAGAGUGGGAGAGCAGGGGGAGCAGGGGGAGUGUUGAUGGCGCUGAGUGAGUUUGAGAAGCAUGCGCAGUGUCGCUCCAAGAAGUGGAAAUCAUCUGUGCUGCUGCAGGGCGCUGAGAAGAAGACAACCCUCUUUGCCUGGCUCCAGGCGUCCCACGAGGCGGGAGUCAGAGGCCUCUUGUUCUACGAGGACCCUCCACCCCGCAGCCGCCCGGGCAACCGGCAGCAGGGAAUCAUAUCCACACUGCGCAGUGCGGGCGGCAGCAGCGCAGUCGCAGCAGGAAUCGGAGGAGUGGGAGUGGGUGCAAUGAGAGGCAGAGCCGGUGCAAAGGGGUCCUUGGAUCCCAGGGGAGGUGUGGCAUGGCUGGAAAAGGCUUUAAGUGAGCCAUACGAGGGGGUAGAAUACAAGUGGACGUCGGAGCGGUGUGCUGUGUGCAACAGCGAUGAAGACUCAGAUGCUAGUCGCAUGCUCGUGUGUGUCAAGUGUGAGAUGGGUGUGCAUGAGGAGUGCUACGGGAUCGAGGCCCCGCCUGGGUCGCCAGGUAAAGGAGCUGGUGUUGGUGCCGGUGCUGACGCUGACGCUGAUGCUGGUGCUGCUGCUGCAGGGAAACCCUCGGUUUUCUCCGCUGCGUUUGGCAUGUCAUGGCUCUGCCGCUGCUGCGACCAUUCCACCAACCCUACCACCGGUACCUGCAAUCCCAGCAACACCAGCAAUCACAUGGAUUCUGGUGCAAAGAUAGAGGCUGACACAGACGCUCUCACAGCAGCGGGUGGCAAAGGCAAACGCAAGGGCAAGGCCAAGGGGAAAAGCUCUGAUACCAUGGCGCUAGUGGCUUCGGGUAGCACAGGAGUGGGAGGGGGAGCCGUUGCAGGGCUGGGCAGAGGAAGAGGCGGGGGCACAGGAGCAACCAGAGCAGGGGAGGAAAAGCAGGAGGAGGAAGAGGAGGAGGAUGAGAUUCGGAGGGAGUGCUGUCUGUGCCCUGUGCGGGGUGGGGCUUUAAAGCCCACGACCAUCAAACUCGCCCUCCCUGGGAGCAGCAGAAGCAAAGGCGAGACGCCCUGGAGAAAAACAGCAGCAGCUGGUGGUUCUGCUGUCGCUGCAGCUGCUGCUGCUGCCGCCGCUGCUGCUGCGGCUGCUGCAGCAGUGGCAGGAGGGAGGGGUGGGCGGGGAGUGGCGUUUGGGGCAGCGGGGCGGGGGGCCGGGUUUGGAGCAGGGGGAGUGGGGCCUGGAGGGGGAGAGGGUGGGGAGGGGGGCGUUGCACGGCAGCGGUGGGCGCAUCUGGUGUGUGGGCUGUGGAUGCCGGGCGUGAGUGUGCUGGGGGAGGGCGAGGGAGAGGUGCUGGACGGCAUUCAGCUCGUGGAUCCAGAGCGGUUCAAGCUGGCGUGCUGCAUCUGCCGCCAGCCGUACGGCGCGUGCAUUCAGUGCGACGGCCCACGCUGUCUGGUGGCAUACCACGUGGUGUGUGCGAUGAAGGCGGGGUGGAUCAUGGACGUGCUGCCUGAUGACACGGGCCAGCUACUACGAUGCACCUUCUGCCCCAAACACAGGGAUCCGAAUCCCGACCUUUCUGUGAUUGGCCCAGCAGCCCUUGCAGCUGGCAAGCGGUUGACUGAGCGAGGGGGGAGGCUGAGGAAGCGCACUGGCAUCACUGGUUUCCCUGCCAUAGGGGCAGGCACUCUCAAGAGUGACUCUCUCAAACCGGAUGGGGAGAAGGACAGAGAGGGGAAAGAGGGCAGGGAGAGCAGGGAGGGGAGAGAGGGGAGAGAGGGGAGAGAGGGCAGGGAGGGGCGAGGGGAGGGGAAGAGAGGGGGUUUGGAGAAGGGGAAAGGGAGGGGGAGAGAGGGUGAGUUGGAGGGGAAUGAAUGGGGUGAGGAGGAGAGGGGUGAGAAGGUCAAGCGGCGGAAGGGGAGUGGAGGGACGAAGGGGACGGAGGGUGGUGGUAAAGAUGGUGAGAAUGGUGCUGAUUCGAACGCGAGUAGUGAUGUGAUAUUAAUGGGUGAGGAGGAGGGAGGGAGAGAUGAGGAGGAGGUGAGAGCUCAGGAUGGUAGUGGUGAGGUGAGAACGGGGGUGGAGGAUGCAGAAGAAAUGGGAGGGGGCCAGGAUAGUGCAGAGGCAAGUGGGGGGGAGGUUGGAGAAGGGACGAGAAGGGGGCUGGGUGGUGGAGAGGCGAGAAGGGAGGAGCUUGGGGGAACCCUGGGCGAGCUUCAAAGGGGGCGGAAGAGAGGCGGAGGGGAGGGUGAUGAUGGGAACGAUGGUGCUGCUGCUGAUGAUGAUGGUGGUGCUGUCGAAGUAAAGGAGGAACAGGAGAAGGAGGGGGGGCAGGAGGGGGAGGAGGAUGGGGAGGAGGAAGAAGAGGACGAGGGGUCUAAGAGCGAUGUGAUGUUGCUUCCCAGUCCCGAAUCAUCUGAAGGUGAUACUAUUACUCAUGCAGGGGCGGGGAGCAGGAGAGCUAGGCCUGCAGGUGAGCGGGUGGGGACAGCAGCAGCAGGAGGGGGAGGAAGAGGAGGAGGAGGUGGGGAUGAGAUGAAGGGUGUGCUGUCGCGCUGCCAGCUGUACCAAGGGCGGAACAGCCGGAUGCGAUGGCGGCGAGGAGAGGGCAGGGCGGAGGAACGGGCAGAGAGCGUGGGACUCGUGAAAAUAGAUGGCACAGCGGAGGGCGGAGUGGAGGGGAGGAGGGAGGAGGGGAUGGAGAGGAGGGGGGAGGAGGGGGAGGUGGAAGCGAGUGAGCGAGUGCGGAGGGUGUGGGGGCGCGGGCACAAGGAGGUGGUGCCUUAUCUGCUUGGGGGGGUGUGCUGGCACGACAGGGAGACCAUCAUGGAUCUGCGGGUGAGUGCGGUGGUGAAGGGUGCUGUGUG